AUAUAUAUAUUUUUACCAGACCUUGGUUUAAAUCGACACAAAUUGAAGUGUACUGUUGUUGCUAAAACAUAAACGUUCCACAUACAAGAAGAAGCAAGAUAAAAAUGAAGUUUUUGAUCGUAUUCGCUGUGGUUUCCUUAGCAACGCUAAGCACUUGUUUCCCAGGUCCAAAAAAGGAUACAGACGAUGACGUGGAAUUUAUUCCAAGUGCAAGAAGAUACAAUCCAUUUGGAGUUGUCGACGUUGAAGCUAAUCCAAGUGGAUAUGAUGACUUCGAUGAUGAUUUCCCCGGUUUAACUCAAGGAUGGAAAGAUAGUUUUUCAGCGUUUAUGAAAAGAGUAACCGAUUUAGUUAAAAAUGUCAGAACUCAAGUUGCUAAAGAUUUAGAGGAUAAACUUAAAAAUGGAACUACGACUUCAACGGUUGAAAUAAUUAACGGCCAUAAAGUGGUUAAAAAUCAAACGGUUUACGAAGAUCCCCACACUUAUGUGAAAUCCGUUGUUUUUGAAGUUCUUCCGAACAGCGACGAAGCACCAAAUACCGGAAGUAAUCCGGAAGUUGAUACAGAAGCUGUACCAAAACGUAAAGAUAGAGAACCUCUCGAGGAUUCGGUUGAGAACGAAGUCAACGCUUUGAAUGAGGCCGAAAGCAUCAACAUAGAAACUUUAGGAGAUCAAAGCGUUCCCCCACAGAAUUUCGCCUAUAAAACCACCGAUAAUAAUAAUUGGCUCGAACUCCCAAAUAAAAACGAAAAAGACAUCGAAUUAAUUGAUAGUAACGAAAUAUCAACCCCCGAUGAGAUCAACAAAAACAAUCCGAUCGAUUUAAGUUCAGAUAUUAGAGUAAACGAUAUUUUAAGCGCAGAAGAUUACCCGAAAAAUCCAGAUGCUGAAAUUUUUGAAGCUAGCGAACCCGUUGAAAUAAUCGAUCCAAUCAAAAUUAAACCCUAUGAUUUAGAGUCAGAUACAAGAGUUAAUGAUAUUUUAAGAAAUAAAGGUUAUCCAAAGAAUCCAAAUGCGGAAAUUUUUGAGAUUGAUGUACCUAAACUGGUUGUUACUUAGAGUUUAACUUAAAAAAAACUGUUGAUGUUUUCACUUGUAGACUGAUUGUAUUCAAAUCAUUGUAUCAUUGUGCUUUUUGUUGUUGUUGAUGUUUGCCAAAGACA